AACCAGAAUUCGACCGUUUAAAAAGAUUCUACCCAAAGAAUUGAGGGAAGAAAUAAAAGAUUAUUUCUUUGCCAAUAUUGCACCCAAACGUUUUAUCAGACUUCCACCACGAACAGAACAGUCAACCGCGUACAGUUCUAAAUUAAUCAGUAUAAAUCAUUUUUGCCAGAUUGCGGCAUGGUUGGACAACGUGAUCGACGCGGAUGCAUACACACCAGACGAUAUGCCAUACACUUUUCACCUCCUUUUACGUGGUAGUCGAGAUGGGACGAACGAUUCACAUAAAUUUCAUGAGCGAUGUGACAACCAAGGUCCGACAAUCGUAAUUAUAGAACUUGCUAACUCGAGUCGAGUGCUUGGCGGGUAUAAUCCAAUUGACUGGAAAAGUGAAGGGGGUUGGGGAGAGACAUCAAAAGGUUUUCUAUUCUCGAUGGAUAAAUAUGAUUACAACGCGGAGUCUAACAUUCUUUCUCGUAUCAAGACAAAUAAGGCCGCUAUUUGGAAUGCUAUGAAAAAUCCAAGCUUUAGUCAUGAUCUGCAAUGGUUUUCUGGAAAGUGCAUACAAAAAUCCUAUGAAAAGUCGAUUUUUGAUCGGGAAUCGUUUUCACUUACUGAUUACGAAGUGUUCAAAGUCGUUAAAAGGGAAAUUAACAAGAAUGAUAGCAAAAGGCCAUCGACACCGGAAGAUGACGUCACGGACGGAUUUUCGGAUAGUGGAGAUUCGAACAAGCGUUUCAAAUCGGAUGACACGAUUUAUUAG